AUAAGCCCAUAAAAGGUAUAUAAAAAUUGUAAAUAUUAGGGUUUACGUACUAGGAUUUACAUCUCAGAGCUUUUCGUGGUUGCCUCUGCCUCUGAAUUGCAACCAUGAUCAUUUCAGAGAAAAACCGUAGAGAGAUCUGCAAGUACCUCUUCCAAGAGGGAGUUUGCUAUGCCAAGAAGGACUUCAAUCUCGCAAAGCACCCAGAGAUUGAUGUGCCUAAUCUCCAAGUGAUUAAGCUGAUGCAAAGUUUCAAAUCAAGAGAAUAUGUUAGGGAAACUUUUGCUUGGAUGCAUUAUUACUGGUUCCUCACCAAUGAUGGAAUUGAGUUCCUUAGGACUUACCUCAAUCUUCCAUCUGAGAUUGUUCCAGCCACUUUGAAGAAACAGGCUAAGCCAGCUGGAAGGCCAUUCGGUGGUCCACCUGGUGAUCGCCCAAGGGGCCCACCUAGAUUCGAGGGAGAAAGGAGGUUUGGUGGUGAUCGCGAUGGAUACCGUGGAGGUCCCCGAGGACCUGCUGGUGAAUUUGGAGGAGACAAGGGUGGAGCUCCAGCUGACUACAGACCUUCUUUUGGGGGUCCUGGUGGUAGACCUGGUUUUGGACGUGGUGCUGGUAGUUUUGGAGCACCAACUAGUUCAAAUGCUCCUUAAUUGUAAUGGUUUCUGCUCUAGCUUAUGCAGUUUUGGCUGUGAUUAGAGUUUAUAGUAUUUCCCCUCUACUAAAAGUUGUUUGAUUAUUAAUUUGAAUAUUCAGUUAUUUAUGCAAUGACGAUUUUGAAUUACGAGUGUUUUUGCUUUAAGCUGAUAUUUUGUUUAUGUCUGGAUGGUGAUGGUAAAAUUGGAUGUUCUAAAGA